AUGCCUAAUUUAAAAGGAUCGAUAGAGAAUUUACGUCGUCAGUUACGUGCCUUACGAUUUAAUUAUGAAGUCAAUUUUCAAGGGAUGAUAUUGGGACAAUCAUCUGCAUUUGUAGAAUUUUAUCGACAUUUAUUAUGUGAUUACAAUACUCAUCUUACUAGUCAUUUAGUUGAACGUGGAUUUGGAGUGCUUGGCACAAGUGACAAUAAAUUUAUGGAGGUAUUUUAUCGUAUACUUCGUGAUGUAAUCAGCUAUCGUUCACCGAUUACUAUAGCACAAUUUUUUAUGAAUAAUUUUGCUGAACGUAAAAUAGAAAUGGCUACAACUGUUGCCCUACUUAUAGGCUCAUUAAUUAAACGUUCAUUCACUACCACUACCACCAGUAGUACUAGUAAUCGAGGCAAAACAUCUUCAUUACAAACUAAUCAUCGGCUUCUAUCAUCAUCAUCUAAAUCGAAUUAUCAGUCUACUGUUACCACUACUUUUAAUACUCCUCAAAUACCCUUGAUACUUCCUACAACUAUAUACAAUCGAUCAGUUGUUGAAAAGAAUGUUGACAUUACACCUAUUCUAUCUACAAAUCAUAUUAUACAUUCCAAUGAUUCCAAAGAUUAUACAAUCUAUGGUGACUUACCGAAUCAUGAAAAUGAACAAGCUAAGGAGAAUGGUGAAAAAUCUGCUCUGUCUGAAUUUUUUCCACAAGAAUCUAUUAAUCGCUAUGAUUUAAUGAAUCGACCGAAUGUGAAAAUAACAAGUUUAUCAAAGACAGGUUCUUCAUACGGUGAUACUAAUACCCGUGAUGAAUGUGAUCAUCAACUGCCUACCUCUACACUGAAAAGUAUGAAUGAUCAAUGCCAACAUUCAUAUCAUCAGAAUCAGCAUCAGCCUCAUUUAAGUAUUUCUGAAAAUAACAAUCUCUAUACUACUAAUAAAUGUGCAAAAUUAUCUAAUCACAAGUGUACACAGCCAAGUGCUACCACGACUGUCCCUGGUGUCCCUGUUGGUGCUAGAAGUAGAAGUAUCAGUAACAAUAGAACCAAUCACACAUCCGCAUUUCCGUCUACAAAAUUAUCCUUUAAUAAUAAUGAUUUACUGCAUCAUUCAAAACAAUUUAUUAAGAAAGAUUAUACUCAUGGAUUAUCUAGUGCAGCGACGUCAACUGGUGCCACGAUAACACCAACGUCUACAUUACUUCCAAAGCAUCCUAAUAGUCAAUCAAUAAAUCAUUAUAAUCCGUCUAAUGAAUCUUCUACUUACAUUAAUCCUGAAAGUAUUCAUAAUAUAAUUAAUUCAUUAGAUCAGCUGUCUGAUAAAGUUGAUUGUAUGCUAGAACGUAUGAAUAAAUUAGAGGAUAAAUUAACAAAUGUUGAUAUAGACUGUAACACGUAUAAUCGAUCAAAAACUUAUGAUGAUAGCGGAGCAGGGGGAAGGCCUACAUAUGAUAUAAAUCGACGUAACUUGAAUCUAGGUGAUUUGCAUAGUUCAGAUAAUAUUGUUGAGUGUGAUAGUGUAUUUCCAAAUAGAAAAGGUGAACAGAAGAAUCCUCUGCCUAUAAUUAAUAUACCUAAUUCAUUGUCUGCCACACCAGUUACCUCUAUAUUGGAGAAUACAUUGAAUGAAGCUCAAUGGACAAGUACAAUUGGUAGAGCAACUACAGUUUCAUUGAUGACAACAACAACAGCUACCAAGACAACUGCAAGAACAAGUAAUACAUCUUACAUGCGUCCUAUAUGCCCAGAACGUUAUCUGUACAACGAUACUAACAAUGAGCUGUCUGAAUCAUCCUGUUCGAAGCCUAAAUAUUCUUUUGAAUUAACACAAGCAAAUGUACAAGACAUCAGUAGUAGUUGUUGUAAUCCUGCAGUUUCAUGUAAAAAUAUUGCAGAAAAAGAACAACACCGUAUUUCACAACCUUCACCUAUUCAAAAUCCUUCAUGUAUUAGCAGUAGUAAUAAUCAUCAACCGAUUAGGAUUGCUCCGACUACCUUUAAUCCACUUCAUGAAUCGUAUAAUUUCAAUAAAAAUUGUUGUAAAAUGCACAAUCGACCAGAAGCUUCUGAAUCAAUGCAUAUAAUGAAAUAUAACGAUUCGCUGAGAACUGUGAACCAAUCGUCUAAGUUACCAGUUAUGAGUACUUCACUGAUGAAUUUAGAUACAAAAUCAGAUGUUACUGUGUGUUGUCCUACAUCAAUUAGUCGAAAUACAAUUAAUCUCCUCCAUGGCGGUAAUUAUACUCAUCGUUCUAGUCCUACUGAUUGUUCUGUCAACUGUGAAACAGCUGAUCCAAUGGAUUGUAAUCAAGUGAAAGUAACACCUUCAAUAUCAUUCAGUGUAUUGACUAAUAAACUUGAUAGAACAAAAAUAGCAAAUACUGAAAAAGCACAAAAAUCGUACCUUGCUCAAGUGGAACGUAUCACUAAUAUGCUUGCAGAAACUCAAACUCUUCUCCAAGAACGUCCAUCUAAAUUAAACGAAUUAAUUAAUGGAAAUAACAACCACAGUAAUACUACUACUAAUAAUAAUAAUAAUGUUGCUAAAAACAACAACAGUGCUGUUAUCCUCAAAGCAUAA